CUGUUAACUGUAAGAAAAUGUCCGAAAACGAGAACAAUUUGUAAAUAAACAUUGAAAUGCCGAAAUUGUUAUGCUGAAUAAUUUUAAUUGAGUGUGUCAUGUUUUGUAUUCAUUAGUAAAAUUGGUUAAUAGUAUUUGAAGAAAACUAUUUGACAAAGUACAAACAAUAUCCAUCAUAAUAUUUUUUGUUUACGAUAGUCAAUUUCAUUGAAGUUAGUCUUCUAUAUGUAUUGCAAGAUCAUUAAUUUUGAAAUAGGAACACAGCACCUUAAGAACACCAUGAGACUUACAAGAGUUCUAUUUUAUGCUUCAAAGUUGCCUAAAGAUUUCUCAAAUUUUCCCAAACGUUAUGUUGAACGUGCAAUGGAGCAAAUUGAAUUCAAGACUGAAAAAGAACCACAAUAUCAGGAUAAGGUUAUAAAAAGAGAAGUUUUCACCUAUGGGCUACACAGACCUUGGACAAGAGAGUUCCUUGAAGCAAACCUUCCAGGGAAAUAUGUGGAGCAAGAUGUUGUUGAACCAAUUAAAGAAUGGACAAUUUAUCGAGGAGAUAAGGUUCAAAUAAUGAAAGGAAAGGAUAAAGGGAAACAAGGUGUAGUUAACUAUGUCGUUGUUGAGAGAAAUUGGGUUACAGUCGAAGGUUUAAAUUGUGAAUAUAAAUAUAUGGGUGGCUUCAGAGGUAUACCAAAAUCUAUGGUAAAAGAAGAAAAGCCUUUACUAGUUACCACAGAAGUUGCUCUUCUGGAUCCUUCUGAUAACAAACCCACUAAAGUUGUUUGGCGUUAUACUGAUGAAGGAGAAGAAGUGAGGGUCUCUGUAAGAACUGGCAGAAUUAUACCUAUACCAGAUGAAGCUGAAGAAACUUAUGAUUAUAAGAACAAAAAGUAUUAUUCUGAGCAACCAAAAGACACAAAGGCAAAAGAUGUUGAAGAAAUUACAUAUAAACCAAGGUUAUUGACGUUUGAACAAGAAAUUAUGGAAGAAUGUGGUCUGAAAGAAGAUAAUGUACCUGUAAAAACAUUUUGGUAUUAAAUUAGCUUUUUAACUAA